ACAGCAGUCUGUCUGUCAGACGCAUCCGCGCGAGGUGCACAAGAAUCAAUAUUAGUACAUCAAGGCUUUUAGAAAAUAACAGAGAGGGCAGCAGAAAAACAUUGCUUCUGAUGUUCUAGUUAUUAACACUGACCACAACGGAAUGACAGCGGGGGUUUGCGCAUCAUUUGUUCCCUAAAAGAUUUCUAAAUCAACAUUGUUCUCGUGGAAACUGGUCCCUCCGUCUCUGGAAUAAUGAGCUCCUUGCCCCACAUGUCCCGUUCCUCCAUUGACGUCCUGGAAGAGCUGCAGCUCAUCACUGCUGAGAACCUGGAGAAGCUGGACUUUAAUAAAUACUACGAGGUCAUUAGGGAGCUUGGCAAGGGCACCUAUGGCAAGGUGGACCUGGUCAUCCACAAGAACAGAGGCACGAAAAUGGCCUUGAAAUUCUUGCGGAAGAAAACCACUAAGCUGAAGAGUUUCCUACGCGAGUACAGCAUCUCUCUCUACCUGUCACCCUGUCCCUUCAUCAUCAACAUGUAUGGCAUUGCCUUCGAAACUGACGAAUACUACAUCUUCGCUCAAGAGUACGCACUGGCGGGCGAUCUCUUUGACAUCAUUCCUCCCCAGGUUGGACUGCCGGAGAACGUUGCCAAGCGGUGUGUGCACCAGGUGGCGAUAGCACUGGAUUACCUGCACUGCAAGAAGCUGGUGCAUCGUGACAUAAAGCCGGAGAACGUCCUCAUCUUUGACAAGGAGUGCCGGAAGGUGAAACUGUCAGACUUUGGCAUGACGCGGUGCGCUGGCUCUCCGGUGAAGCGGGUGAGUGGAACCAUCCCGUACACGGCUCCAGAACUGUGCGACCCCAGCCGGCAAGAGGGCCUGUGUGUAGACUACAGCACUGAUGUGUGGGCUUUCGGUGUACUUCUGUUCUGCAUGCUCACUGGGAAUUUCCCCUGGGAAAAAGCACUCCCGACUGACGCCUUCUACGAGGAGUUUGUGCGCUGGCAGCAUCGGCGGAGGCGAGCCAGCGCGGUGCCUUCACAGUGGCGCCGUUUCACUGACGAGGCGCUCCGCAUGUUCCGCUGCCUGCUGGCCAUCGAGCAGGACCGCCGAUGCUCUGUCAAAGAGGUCUUCAGCUACUUCAACCACUGCUGGAUGCUCGACACGGAGAACGGCAACACCACCCAUGUCUCGGGCGGUAACAGCAACAACGGCACAGUGAUGAAUGGCCGUCAGGCUGAGCUUAGCUCUUCUUCCUCUGAAGAAGAUGAGUUGGUGGACCGUUUGAAGCAGCAGAGCUUGUCGCCUGUAUGUGGGGUAGCUAAAGGAGGCAUCGUCAUGGAGCCAGUGACGGCGCACUACUCCUCUACAUCCUCGAACAGCCCUGCUUCCUCCACUGGCGGCUAUGAGCGCAUCUCCCGUGAUAACAACGGCAACAAUGGUCGAAUCCUAGUCACGACACCGAUUGAAAUAUGCGUGUAGACAGGUCACUGGCAUUUACCAACCUUGCACAUAUAUUUGGGAUGACUAGAUGACAAUAAGGACUCAAGUCCUUGUGAAGCAAACGCGUCAGAGGAAACGUUGGUAGCUGACGCACAAAUGCUCAGCAUCCCAAGAAGAGCAGACAGCUUGAAACUCUUCCUGAUGACGAGUAUCUCCGAGGGAAUCUGUAAGACAAUCACCAGAGUCUGCAGAUUGUGUCUCAACCACGUUUUCCACGUAUAAUUAGACCAAAACGAAGCAACUUUAGAAGAAUAGAAAAAAAACUCUGUGAAAAUAUGAAGCAAUAUGUUGAUUUUCUUUUUGUGCAAAAGUGAUUGUCAAAAAAGAU